AUGUCUGCCUCCGCUCUCAUCGCAGACCUCACCGGCGAUGCGGAUGCCGAAGGGCUCACGGUCGCAGCGCGCUCCGUUAGGCGGGCCAGGCGCCUCUCGCGCUCCACUUACUGGGCCAUGGAGCGGUUGGACAUCGCGUUCCACGUCAACACCCACAUCACCACGGCGAAAUCUACCGAGUUCGUGAGGCAGCUGCGUGGUGACCUCACAGGUGCGACCGCUGGCACGACGGCGACCGAGCAGUCGGACGGCGUCGGCACGCCGAUCCUGCAAGAGGAGAAGCUGCAGGACAAGUCCGAGUACGACACGCCGUUGGCGAAGCGCGCGUGGACCGGGGCCGGGAUCGACGGCCCGAGCCCGAGCCUGGGCGAAGGUGCCGACGGGGAGGGGCUCCUCACGGUCACCGCAACACCGGCGCAGGCUGCGGGCGGCGCCGCGGGCCUCGACGCACCUCCGCCGCAGGUCGAGGCGCCGGCGCCCGACGCGAAUGCCACCGCGGGCCAGGUGCGGGAGGGCUUCGGCAGCCCCGCCCCGCGCGAGCAGGUCGAGGAGGCGGUGCUCGAGUACAUCGCCGCAUUUGCUCGGCGCCCCGCCCCGCUGGAGGUAAAGCUGCAGGAGACGCUCGGGCACGGCUCGGAGGAGAAUAUCGAGAAGUACUUCGCGUGUGCGCCGAAAGAGCGGCUCUACUCGGGCUACGGCGACCAGGAGAUGAUCGGGAAGGCGGCGCUGGACAAGCAGAUCGAGCUUGAGAGCAUCGGCAACCCCAUCACGAUGAGGACGUACCCAGGCGCGGGUGGUGGCGGCCUGCUGCUCCCGCCUGUGCCCUUCUUCCCGAGCCUCGGGAAGAGCGACACUGAGGUUAUGACCAUGAGCGGGGUCAAGGUCAAGGAGUCUUCCGAGCUGACGCAUAAAGCAGAGGCCUCCACGAGUCUCGGCCUGUCAACG